AUGGGUUCGCCCUUGCUCACGCGCGUUAGCCUGCUACUCUCACUACUUGCAUUCGCUGUUCUUCACUCCAGUGCCGUUCGCCUUAUCCCCUCGCAAGAAAACGCUCUAAUUUCCUUAAAAACCGCGUGGCGUGACUGCCCGAUAAUCAAUACGUGGGUAGCCGGCACCGACUGCUCUGAAUGGUACGGCGUCGGUUGUGACAACCGCGGGAUGGUCACCGGUCUAUACAUCUCCAGCUACCUCGCAAUGGGAAGGGCGUGCACCGGCGAGCUGACGGAAUCCGUCGGGAAAUUGACGGAGCUGACGUCGCUUGGUGUGUCUGGUAUUUGGCGCAUCUCCGGCAGUCUGCCCAAGAGCCUCGCGAAACUGAAAAAGCUCGAGUCGAUCGCGAUCGACGAGAACCUACACGGUGCUCUCUCCGGCAACCUCCCAGACUAUAUCGUCAAUUUCGUCCGCCUGACGGAGCUCGUGCUCCAGGGAACGGGGCUCACAGGGAGCAUCCCACGCAAGAUCUCGCGACUCAGUCGCCUCACGCGCCUCGACCUCCAAUGGAACCGUCUCAGUGGCGAAAUCCCUCGAGAACUGUCCGCACUGGCGGCUCUCAAGACGCUUGAUUUGGGCGGGAAUCGGCUGACGGGAUCGAUUCCGCCAUCCCUCGGCUACCUCACGGCUCUGACGAGCCUGCGUCUUGGGAGUAACAAACUCUCCGGCGCGCUUCCCGCAAAUGUUAUACUCGCUAUGCAGAGCCUCCAGGAGCUAAAUCUGCAGAGUAAUCGGUUUACUCAGCAGGCUGCUUCGUCUAUUGCCGAACUCGCAAGCCACCCGUCUCUCUCAGAUAUUGACCUCAGUUGGAACCUUCUUUCGGGAGGUGUGCCGUCGGAACUCGGGCAGAUGAAAAAGCUGGAAUACCUGAAGCUGACUGGGAAUAGGCUGAAGGGAUCCGUGCCCGCGGCUCUGAUACAAAACAUGCCGAAGCUGUACGACUUAGACCUGUCGUAUAACAAGCUAAGCGGGGAAUUCCCCUGGUCAGCUUUCAAAACCGCGCCAGCACUGGAGUUCGUGAGGCUCCAGCGCAACGCGUUCGUCGGCGAGAUUCCCGCAGAUGCGUUUAAGAAAAGCCACGUGGCACAUUUCAACAUAUCCUUCAACCUCUUCUCGGGGUCCAUGCCGAAUCUAUGGUUUAUGGGCGGGGAGGAGGAGCCGCCAGUAGACGUGCGCGGGAACUAUUUUUGGGGCAGCCCGGAGUUCACAAUGUUCAACUACAAAGUCUGCCCGGAGGAGGGGCAAGAGGAUCCCGAGUCAGGCGACGACGAGUAUCUCGCGGCGCUGAACUGCCUCGGUAAGAGCGCCACGUGUAAAAUGAAAGAGCAGCGGAGCGCGGCAGCGUGCAGGCUGUUUUGCGGGACAAGCAAGAAGAAUGGGCCGUGUUCGGGCCACGGCGUGUGCGUUCCGGCAGGUGGAGGGGAGUUCAAGUGCAGGUGUAAGAGUGGGUACAAAUCGGUGCAGGGAAAGCCGCACGAGUGCGUCAAGGCAUGA